AUGAACUCCUCCAUCGCGCCCCAACUUCCCACCUCGGUACCACCUCGGCCUGCCUCACUCCAGGCCAGGGCAGGGCUUGCUGGGCCGCUGGCUAGAAGCUCCACUCGUUUCAAGGUCAAGGCGAGCACUGUGUUAGGACUGACAGUGGCACCAGCUGCUUCAAGCCCUACAAGUUGUUUUUGUCCCACAUGGCCCGUGUCGGGGUGUUGUGGCGGCGCAAACAAGAGAAGCGUCUGGCAACGUAGCUUGCCAUGCGGCAACCCUCUCCUCCCACACGCCCUCGCGCGGCCAGUGCAGGAGUUACCUCCCCAGUGGUCGUGUUGUGUCUUGCUGUGUCUCCGUGAUGGCGUUCUAGCAGCCACAUUUCGCUCCUUUUACUCUUGGAUUAUCCGACGAGUUUGUGUGCCGCGGUGCAAGCCAGUGCUGCGAGUCCCCGACACUGGAUAUACGAGGCGACCACUUACCGGCCAUGGAGGCGACGAGGAAGGAGUCGUAGUGAGAACAGAAUGUUGCCGCGAGGAGGGGGGACGGUGGGUCUGGACGGGGAUGGAGGGGGGAGCGGGGGUGGUGGUGGACACGACCCGCCCCUCCCCCUCUCUUCUUGUGGCCCCCACGAACUCUCAAGAUAAGGAUGAUGUCUUCUCCACCAGUAUUAUUUCAUGCAGCACUGACAGGGAGGAUAUGGACUUCAGGAAAAGCAUGUUGAGGAUGGAGGAGGAACUACAGAACCUUCAGCUUCACUCCCAGAGGUCCACGCCUCUGGAACCCCAACAAGGAAGGUUUAACACAGACGCCGGAGGACCAGGAGAGGGUGGAGGCGGGGAUACAAGCAGCCCCGACUCUCCCACCGGCGUGCACAUCAGAUACAGGGACGGUCAGAGGGUCAACUGGUUAGAGGGAAUCAUUGGUUGCCUUCGCCCCGUGUGGACCAUCAUAGGCAAAGCGGCGCUCAGCGAGAAACAGGCGCAAACUGACAACUGGGAGAUCCCGUUUGAGGAAGUGUCUUCGCUGCAGUGGCUUGGCUCUGGGGCGCAGGGGGCAGUGUUCAGGGGGCAGAUGAGAGGCUCCUGGGUGGCCAUCAAGAAGGUGAAGGAACAGAAGGAGACAGAUAUCAACCACUUGAGAAAACUUAAUCAUCCCAAUAUUGUCCGGUUUCUGGGUGUGUGUACAGCAGCACCCUGUUACUGCAUUGUGAUGGAGUACUGCCCCUAUGGUCCACUCUACAACCUCCUCAAGGAUGGACAGGAUAUACCACCAGACCGAGUUGCUCUUUGGGCCAAGGAAAUUGCCUCUGGCAUGAACUACCUCCACCAGCACAAGAUUAUCCACAGAGACCUUAAGAGUCCCAAUGUCCUGAUUGGAAGUAACCAAGAGGUGAAGAUCAGUGACUUUGGCACCUGCCGAGAGUGGAAUGAUGUCAGCACAAGGAUGAGCUUUGCUGGCACCCUGGCCUGGAUGGCACCGGAGGUCAUCCGUAAUGAACCUUGCAAUGAGAAGGUUGACAUAUGGUCAUUCGGAGUGGUGCUAUGGGAACUGUUGACGUGUGAGAUCCCAUACCGUGAUGUUGACAACUCUGCCAUCAUCUACGGUGUUGGGUCAAGCUCACUGCACCUUCCCAUACCAUCGACGUGUCCUGAUGGCUUCAGGCUCAUUGUACAGAUGUGCUGGAAUAGUAAGCCAAGGAACCGACCUUCCUUCAAAUACAUUCUGAUGCACCUCGAUAUUGCAGCGGUGGAAAUCCGCAGUACACCACCAGAGACUUACUUUAAGACUCAGAUGUCCUGGAAGGCUGAGAUCAGACAACAGAUGGCAUCAAUGAACUCCCGAGCCUCACACAUUCCCCGCCUGGAGGAAGACCUUGUGCAGCGGCGCCAUGAUGAACUCAAACAUGCUCAGGACAUAAGGGAACACUGGGAGAGGAAGUUGGUGAUUGCAAACGACCUGUACCUUGAGCUGUCUGCUGCCAUGCUUCAGCUAGAGCAACGUGAAAAAGAGCUUCUGAAGUCUUCCAGGCGUGAGCAUGCCAAUCAGAUCCACAAAGGAAAGCGGAGAAUUGUGAAGCCACUGAUCCGUGCCCAGGAGAGGCUGCAGGCCAGGCGGGGGACGGGAGGAGCCGGGACAGCUACCUCCUCCACCCCCACCAGCCCUGACACACAGGCUCCCUCACCAGCCCACCAACCACAGCAGGGUCGUUCAAAAAAGCCUUUGUACACUGAAAUGGGAACCAACAAUCUGCCGCUCUCCACAACUCGGCCGGCUUCACUCCACAUUGGCCAGCCUGCAGCUUCGCCUUCCAUCGGCCCGCCUGCUCAGGACGCUGGCCAGCAGGAGGCGGUGGAUGGUGGCCGUGUGGGGUCUGGACGCAGGAGGACACGUCACCACCAGAGGAACAAGAGCCACGGUGGUGUUGUGGCUUAUGUCAGUUCAGGCACCAGCCCAAGACAUGCCUUGCCACCCGACAGGAGGGGUUACAGCCUGAGCCCCAGCCAGGAACGUGUGCCAGUGCUGGUGGACUCUGGAACUCAAACAGACCACAUGGACAUGAGUGAGACUGACACAUCGCCAGUCAAAACCCCCGGCCCACACAAACCCUCUUCCCUCCCUCUCCAGCCUGAGGAAGGUGACGGCGGUGGGGGAAGCAGCGUUGACCCCAGCAACCCUGCCUGUGGUCACACCACAACCGAGACCAGUCCCAACGGCAACACCCUGUCAGAGCAGCAGAGUCCUUGCUGCGAACACUGCCCAAGACAACAGUAUCGCCGCUUCACCUCGACAGACUCCAACGACUCCAACAAAAACUUCCCCAUGGCAGCCCCGGUGGUUGCCCCGCGCCUCGGGGAAAGCCACCAGCCAGAGUACACCAUUGAGGAGACCCUGCAGAUUCUCAACAAUAAUGAGGAUGACGUGGACAUCCUGCACCAGCUGGGUGACAAGUGGGAUGCCAUUGAGCGAGUCUUGGCAGACAAGAAAGCCCUGCCUAACGGCUACUCUCGUGUCUUGCACUCUCCGCUCAGCAUGAGGUAUGACUCAAAAAAUGACCUCUCAGAAUCCACACCCAUGGAGGUUGGUCAGCCCCAGAUUGAGGGCAUGUCCCAGAGCCAGUCUCCCACCACCACCAACGAUGAGGACGAAGACGACGACGACGACGAUGACGAUGAUGACGACAUUGACGAUGAUGAAGAGAGACACUCUAGUGUGGACCCAGACAUUCUCAACCGUAACUCUGACAUGGUGGCUUCCAGCGAGUUAGACUCCAGUCAUGACUCCGUAGAACAUGAAGUGUCUGCCUCAGAGGAGGAGGAAGAUGAGGAGGCCCUUGAUGCUCACUACCAAGUUUUAAAACGAAGGUGCUUCAUGCGGAGGCCAUUGCCACGCAGCAAGAACCACCGCACUGUGUGUCUGACUCGCUCCACGCACAGCACCCAGAGCAGUGAAGGUGGGGGCUCGGAGGAGGAGGGUGGGAGUGGCCUGGGCUCACUAAGACACGGCUACUACAGUAGUCGAGGGAUUAGUCUGGAGGGCAUCAGCCGCUACUCUUCCAGGCUUAUGAGCGGCGCUGGUCCGUCCCGCAACAGUGACACAUCAGACUCAGACGAGGGUGCCGGGGAAGGUGAUGAGGAUGUGGUGAGUGUGAAGGCCGUGGUGCUGCAAGACACACCCAGACUGCGAGGGAUUCAGGGGUCGGCCUGUCACUCUCAGACAGCUGACCGGAACUCAUGGUGAAUAUGUGAACACCCACGCUCUGAUUAUUAUUAUUGUUACUAGCCCAUUAGUUCUGCUAUAUGUUUCCUGUGAGAUGAACUGUCAUCUCAAAACACCAGAUCAACAAGUGUACUGCUAGCAGAUACCUAUCCUGUGAUCAAAGUGACAUUCCACUCAAACGAAGAGCCAGCCAGGAAUCAGAUGUCUUACUGCUGUCAAAGGAGAAGCUGCAGUGAUGAAAAUAUUCCAUUAAUUUUUAAGUAUUCUUCUAAUUGAGGCAGAUGUUGAAGAUUUCCAUGUUUUAUGAGUCUCUGAAUGACAAAGAACUGAAGUGACAAGAUAGACUGUUAUCACUUCCUUCGUGCCUCACACCUUGUAGUGACUCAAGGUGCUGAGGAGAUAAUGAUUGUCUCAUUUUUUGCAUUAAGUAUGGAUUUUAAACAAGAGGAGAACCUAAGUUUUGUGGACACAGGAGAUGACUCUUGUGUUAUUGUGAAAAUAAUCUCCCCUCUCUCUUCUUGCAUGCAAGAGUUGUACUUGACCCCUGACAAGUCUUGAGGUAUACAGAGGGCUCUCCUCACCUUAUUUUAUCUUCUCUAUCUCUCUGACUCUUUAGAUGCCUUCAUCAAGGACAGAUAGCCUGGGGGUGCUAAAGAUUCUGGUCAUUCUUACCCAACAGUCAGUUGAGCAUGAGUUAUCACACUAUACUUGAUGUCAAUACUGAAACCAAGUCAACAAAGAAAAAGUCAUGAUAAAUUGAGCAAAAGUAUCCUGUUUAAAUGAUUCUCUUAAGUUCCAUUGGAACUCAGUGAUACAUUUUUUGCUUUUCUACUAUAUGAUUAAUUAUUGAGACCUUUUGUACUUAAUAUUCAGACAUUUGUUUAAAAUCAUGAGUGGAGGACAUGAGAUGGUGAGUGAGUGAAGGGCAACCCAGUAGUGACUCAGUGCAAAUACAUGAUGUGACAUUCCUAGCCAGGCAACACUGUGACUCGGCUAUCACUUGUUUCCUCCAAAGACGACAUUAAUUGUUAUGAUGCAUAGUGUACACAAUGUACUGACGUCUUUGCUCCUCUCUGUUAGCUGGUUGGUGCCAGUGAAGUGUUCCCUGUGGGUGUGGCUGUGUGGCUGUGUGGUUGCCUGAAGGCUGCUGCAUCACUCUAGCCACUAAUGUUGGGGGAGGAUUUAACAUUUGCAUCCUCACUUAUACCUAACUUUCUUGUUACUAUAAUCACCCAACCUUAUUCUCUGGAUAUGUAACCUUAACUAGGAAACACCUGAAAGACAUUUGUUCUUUUCCCAGACAUUCCAUUACUACUAGUUCAGUGUAAGACAUUUGCCUCAUGAGAACUGUUACUGUAAAAUCUUAAAUAAGGCCUUGUUUUGAUUGAUAUUAAACACUAUUAUUAUAGUUAUGAUUAUUAUAAUUAUUAUUAUAAUUAUGAUUAUUUUUGCUAUGAUCUUUAAGUGCAAUGUAUGUACAGAAUGGUGGUUGUGCUUGUGUUUAAUCUAGUCUGGGGUGAAAAUACUCCACUUUUUGAAUCACUGCUUGAGGUAGUGUUGGCAGUCUGUUGCUGAGGGUGGUGGUGAGAGGACCCUGGCUGGGAACACCUCAACAAUAACCUAUCAUAUAUUUCCUAUACAUUUUACCCUAAUUGUAUUUAAUCAGCAAAUUUCAUUUGAGAUGACAAACACUCAAAAGAUAAAUUUUUUUACUUGCCAUGCUAAAGUUUAACAUAUAUUUUAUCUAAGCUUCAAAAUUUUGAAUGAACUUACAGCUAUUUGUUUGAGAUUUUUUAAGCUAAGAUAAAGAAAAAUGGUUAAACUUUAGCUACUUUUCAUCUCAGCCUCAAAAUCUCCAGUGAAAAGAUGCAAGUUCAUUGGAGAUGUUGAAGGUGAGAUGCAAGAGUGACCCAGCCAGCAGUCACAGUGUAGCUGUACAUUGAACACCAGCAGUGCCGCCCCACCCACUCCUAGACAACCAACAGGGUCCUGCCAGACGGAAAUGGGUGAAGAGUUGUAAAUUAUUUCUCAUUAUGUCCCCAAUUUUAACAUUGUAAAUAAUCACAUCAAUUCCAUUUUAUCAUUAUCGUUCAUCAUCACUCCUGAAGGGGAAGAAAAUACCUCAGAAUGACGUGUGGGACCUCAAGCAGUGUUUUAAAAGAUACUGACGGAAUUCUCGAGAGUUUGGACACUGCAUUGUGAAGGAUUGACAGAGAUUCGUCUGAUUUACGUUAUUUACUGAAAUGUUAUCAAAGUACCGCUGAUGUCGUAUCCUUUACAUUAUUAUCAUUGAUUUUGUUAUGACUGGGUUAAGUAGUUAAUUCAUUGUUAUCAUUCACAGACUGUUCAUCAUCGUCUUGGUCUUAAUUUUACGUACAGAGAGACUCAUAUGUAUAUAAUUAUGUACUAACUUAAAUGUUCCAAUGUAAGUGAAAGUCUGACGGUAAAAUUAUGUAUAUUUUUCACUACAUACAUACAUACAUACAUACUUAUAUAACACAACGUAAAUCUUGAAGGAAUUUAAUCGAGUACUACUACCACUACCACUUUAGGCCCCAUAAGGAAUACCGAAGGGAAAUAUGCUUGCGUUUAUUCUCAUACCGAUGAAAAAAAAAGAUAAAUAAAAACUAAAAAUACACGUUUGAGAAGAACCGGCCUUAAUUAUUGUAGUAAGAAAUAUUUAAAAAAAGAAGUACAUACAUACUAUUAGGCGUACUAUUUUGAGAGAACCCCUAUUAUAGCUCUAACUAGCUCUAUGUAUAUAUUGUGUAUAUCGUAGAACUCUUAGAUAGGUUUGGAUAUAUACAUGGUGUUGUAUAUAGUGAGGACCUUCAUUUUCACUACUGUGUAUAAGGAGUUGUAUAGUUAUUCUCUCUCUCUCUCUCUCUCUCUCUCUCUCUCUCUCUCUCUCUCUCUCUCUCUCUCUCUCUCUCUCUCUCUCUCUCUCUCUCUCUCUCUGUUUUGUCCUGUCUAAUUGCCUGAAGUCCUCUUGCUCAUCAAAGGGACUCUUACAAAUUUACCUCCUAAGCUCCCAUUCCUUCAUAGGUUCAUGCGUUCAUUUCAUGUAUAUAUGUGUACGUGUCUUACCUUUUUUCUCUCUCUCUCUCUCUCUCUCUCUCUCUCUCUCUCUCUCUCUCUCUCUCUCUCUCUCUCUCUCUCUCUCUUAAUUAUAAAAUGUCUCAGUGUUUUUACAGUUUAUUUAUGAACAGAGUAACAUCUAUUUUUUCUAUUUAUUGUUUGAUUUUAAUGCAAAACUAAAGACUUUUUCUAUUUGUAUAAUAAUUUCUAUAUUUUUCAUAGGCCCUUCUAUUACAAUUUAGUGAUAAUUUUAGGUGUAAAAAAAGAUUCCUUGUGUAUUUAUAAACCAUGGCUUGUCUUCUCCCUUUUAUGGUCAUUUUUCUUUAUUUAUUUUCUGCAUCUUGUCAAUCUCUCUCUCUCUCUCUCUCUCUCUCUCUCUCUCUCUCUCUCUCUCUCUCUCUCUCUCUCUCUCUCUCUCUCCCCUGUUUUUCUUUAAUUAAUAUACCCUUUACUAUUCUUAUCUUCAGACAUUUCCUGCUCACAUUACUUCUCUACCUCCAAAACUCACCACUUCCCACUGGACUCUAUUCCCAAACAUGUCAGCAUCUCACCUCAAUUACUUUUAUAGAGGCUGCAGUGAAGGUCAGUUUUCAAGGGUGUCUCCUUUUGAAUCAGUGAUAGUUGAAGAAGAAAUCUGCAAUAUCAGUGGGAGAAAUACCCUUGGAAACCUGACUGAUCAUUGCUUUGGUCUUUGAAAAUGGUUGUUGUGAGAGUUGUGAGUGUUUUGCAAUGUGGGUCCCCUUGUAAUGCACCUUUCCCCACACACACAGGCUCAGAACUCUUUACCUCCUCAAGCCACACCUUCAUACACCUUCAUGGCAGAACAUUAAGGAAAUUAUACUGUAGCUUUCACUUGUAUAUUUUCACCCUCCCAUACACAUAAAGAAAUGGGAAAUAAUACUGUAAGAAAAGAUACGCAGAUUUUUAAAUCGAAACCUGGUGCCAAACAUUUCCCAUUUUAUUUCAACAUUCUAACAGCACCAUGUUUUCUUAUAUAUUUUACAUAAAAGGUACAACAAAAGUGACUUAUUAAUAAUAUACACAUUUAGAAGCCUUCUCUUUAUUCUUUAGCUUGUCAUUUCCCCUCAAGAUGGUGUCCUCUCAACAUGAGAGCGUUCUUUUCCUUCAUUGCCUGUCCUUUGUGUACCAUUACAGCCUCUCUCUCUCUCUCUCUCUCUCUCUCUCUCUCUCUCUCAUCAUACAACUGCUGUCUUCAAAACCAUGUUUUCGUGUAUGCAUUGGCUUCCUUUCCUGUCACAUUCCAUUGCUCUCCUCUGAGUCUUCUCAGCCAAAACUUUGCUUUUUGUUAUGUUCGCCCCCAUCCUCCAGCCUGCCCCUCUACCCGUGGGUCCGGUCAGGACCUGCCCCACGGAAAAUACUCUACUUUACCAAGUAAAUGUAAACUACAAAGAUA